AUGACCUUCUGUGACCUUCUGCUCCUGCAUCAGACGUGGGGCUCCGUGCAGGCGGGAGCGUCCUCUCCUGACGUCCAGUCCUUCCAGUCGUCGGUGGAUCAGUUUGUCAGUAAUCUGAACUCGGCCCGACUCAACGUGGACAGAAAGUUCCAGUUGAAGCCGGUUGACCUCCCUGACGCCAUCGAGCAGCUGAGCCGCCCCGCGGACUACACCUCUGCAGCCAAUAACAGCGAGCUGGUGGAGCGUCUGGAGGGCGUGGUCUUAGUGUGGACCAAUCAGAUCAAGCAGGUGCUGACGGAGAGCGAGCAGAUGAGGAAGGAGGCGGAUGACGUCGGACCCUCGGCGGAGCUGGAGCACUGGAAGAGACGCCUGGUCACCUUCAACAGUCUGAUGGAGGAGUUGAAGCGUCCUCAGGUGAAAAGGACUCUGGGAGUUCUGCAGGUCGCCAGGUCCAGAGCGAUACGAGUCUGGAAAGAGCUG